AUGGAUGAGGAGUUUGUCCCACUUCGAAACAGAGAAAACUGCAGUCAGGAGGAUGGUUUUGCUGGAGCUGAUGAGGACAGCGUAGAAGAGAUGGAAGAAGAGGAUUCAGAUCUCAGUGAUGAAGGUUAUAAGUGUGGCUCAGAGGGGGAGAGCGGCUGGGGGUCACUUCCUGAUGUGUGUUUGAGGCAAGUGUUUGGCUUUCUUCCUGACACUGAUCGCUGUCGUGCAGACCUGGUAUGCCAUCACUGGCACCGUGUCAUGCGCUCUCCUUCUCUCUGGCGCUCCCGCUUCUUCCACUUCAAUGGACGGCUGUCUAAAUACAAGCAGUCUGAAUACUGCUCUGCUGUGGCCUAUGCCCGUUCUCUGGGAGUCUACCUGGAGAGGCUGGAGGUGUGUGUGUGUCCUCCACGUAGGUGCUUGGUAGCCCGGCGACUUGAGCUAGCCAUCAGCGGGUUGUUGUCUGAGCUGACCAGAGUAAAUGCCCCCCUGCAGCAUUUGUCCCUCGUAAGGCUGGAGUUGGAUAGGACCUCCUGGACUUUAGGGCUCAGGAACUCUUUAGGUCUGGACCUGCUCACUGCCCUGUCAUACUCUCAGAGGCGUCACUACCCCCGGUGCUAUAUCUUGUCUCUGGAUAUAAAGGGAUUCUUUUCUGCUUCUGUGCACGCCCACCGUAACGCCACCUUGCAGCUUACGAUGUCCCGCCUGCAAGGCCUCACCAACCUAAACCUGAGUUACGCCUGCCUGUCUGAUGAGCUGCUAGCGGUUCUCCAGCACAGACGCAGGGAAUGGAGACGCUCAAGCAGAGAGGGGAACACCUUGCAAACAUUUUCACUGUACUGCACUUUGAAUGAGCCCCAUCGACAGGUUGUGAGUGGUGGCUCAUGGGCAACAUUGACAUCAAGCUGCCCAGACCUGAAAGUCAAGCUUACGGUGGACCAAGUCAUCAACACUAACUGGCUUGCAAGGAUACUGCUGCCUGAGAUUCCCCUGACUGAAUAUACCAUGACAGCUUUCUACUCCCCAGACGAAGUCUGGAGCGCCAAGCCUCUCCUCUGUUACAUGCUGCCUCAGUACAGAAGCAGUCUGAAGCAUUUGACCCUGGACCUGAGCAACUGCAGUGACUCGCUGGAUGAGGAGCUGUUGGAACUGGUUAAGGUGUGUGAGCGUCUGGAGCAGCUGAGAAUCUGGGCUUUCCUGGAAAUCAGCACUGUGGAGAGGCUGCUGCACAUCAGACUGACACAGAGGAGCUUACUCAACAAGAUCAGAGUGAGAAUCUACUCAGUAAACGACGACAUCGGAGAACAGGAAGACCAGCUAGAGGAAAUAUUGUCUUCCCACCCGCAUCUCCCUCCUGAACUGGAGUUUUAUGCUAUCAUAUACCCCUUUGUUGAUCAGUGAUCACAUGCAAAGUUGACAAGUGCAUACUGAAAAAAUAAAAAAACAUUAAGCAUGAAGCCUUUGUCUU